AUAAAAUAAAAUAAAAUCACACCAUACUAUUUUUCUAAACAAUCAUUGCCGUUAGAUCCAAAAUCCAAUCGCCGGCGCUCCGAUGUGUUCCUCCGCCACUCUCUCCGUCGCUGUCACCACCUUGCUCCUUUUCAUUUCCUCGCCGGCGUUCGCUUCAGAUUAUGAUCAUAAGUACCAAGCAGAUGAUGUGGUUGACCUUUGGGUGAAUAAAGUUGGGCCUUAUAAUAACCCACAGGAAACAUAUAAUUAUUAUGUCCUUCCAUUUUGUCGCCCACCUGGUCAUGCUGGGCACAAAUGGGGUGGUCUGGGUGAAGUAUUGGGUGGAAAUGAGCUAAUUGAUAGUCAAAUCGAUGUCAAGUUUCAAAAGAAUGUGGAAAAGGAUACUAUUUGUGAGCUCGUACUAGAUGAACCAAAGGUCCUGCAGUUUAAACAAGCUAUUGAGAAUAACUAUUGGUUCGAAUUUUUCAUGGAUGAUCUACCACUGUGGGGUUUUGUUGGUGAGCUAAAUUCUGAUAGGAAUAGUGAUAACAAGCAUAUGCUGUUCACACAUAAAAACAUUACUAUAAAAUACAACAAAGAUAAGAUCAUACAUGUUAAUCUUACCCAAGAGAACCCAAAACCUUUGGAAGUUGGGAAAAAGUUAGACAUGACAUAUUCAGUCAAGUGGAGUGAAACUAACAUCACAUUUGGUCGCCGUUUUGAUGUUUACCUGGAUUACCAUUUUUUUGAGCAUCAGAUACAUUGGUUCUCCAUAUUCAAUUCAUUUAUGAUGGUUAUCUUUCUUACUGGACUGGUUUCAAUGAUACUCAUGCGCACUCUCAGAAAUGACUAUGCCAAGUAUGCACGGGAAGAUGAUGAUCUUGAAACUUUGGAGAGAGAUGUAAGUGAAGAAUCUGGUUGGAAACUUGUUCAUGGGGAUGUUUUCCGCCCCCCUCGCAAUAUGGUUUUGUUGUCGGCUGUUGUUGGUACAGGUGCCCAAAUGGCAGUAUUGAUACUUCUUGUCAUCUUGCUUGCAAUUGUUGGAAUGUUGUAUGUCGGGAGAGGAGCUAUCGUCACAACAUUUAUAGUCUGCUAUGCUCUUACCUCUUUUGUUUCUGGCUAUGUGAGUGGUGGGAUGUAUUCGCGCAAUGGUGGGAAAAAUUGGAUAAAGUCGAUGAUCUUGACAGCUUCGCUUUUCCCAUUUUUAUGCUUUGGGAUUGGUUUUGUUCUAAAUACAGUUGCUAUAUUUUAUGGGUCUCUAGCUGCCAUUCCAUUUGGCACAAUGGUGGUUCUUUUUCUUAUAUGGGGUUGUAUCUCUGCCCCUCUUUCUCUUUUUGGUACGGUUGUGGGAAGGAACUGGAGUGGUGCUCCAAACAACCCAUGUCGUGUGAAGACCAUUCCUCGCCCAAUUCCUGAAAAGAAAUGGUAUCUCACUCCGUCGGUAGUAUCGAUAAUGGGAGGACUGCUACCUUUUGGUAGUAUCUUUAUUGAGAUGUACUUUGUAUUCACGUCCUUUUGGAAUUACAAGGUGUACUACGUCUAUGGCUUUAUGCUACUUGUUUUUAUCAUUCUCGUCAUUGUUACUGUUUGCGUUACAAUCGUGGGAACAUACUUUUUACUAAACGCGGAGAAUUACUACUGGCAAUGGACUUCAUUCUUCUCUGCAGCCUCUACAGCUAUUUAUGUGUAUUUGUAUUCAAUAUAUUACUACUACGUAAAGACUAAAAUGUCUGGGUUUUUCCAAACCAGCUUUUACUUUGGAUAUACAGCCAUGUUCUGCCUUGGCUUAGGAAUUCUCUGUGGAGCGGUUGGUCAUUUGGGCUCUAACCUUUUUGUAAGAAGGAUCUACCGAAACAUCAAAUGCGACUAGAACCCUUUUGUAGGAAGAACACUCGCAGCGGAUUCCUGGACUUUUUGUACUUUAUUACCAUACUAAAGUUUGAAGCCUUCCGUCAUGUAUUGAUACAAGAAUUUAAAACGGGCGAUUCACAAUGUUGGGUAGCAGUUAAUGUAUGUAACUCUUGAGGAAUAGGGGAAGCUUGUUAAAUUUUUUCCUUCUUUUAAUGGGAUGUAGAGGAAAGAUACCUUAAUUUAGAGAAAUGCGGAGAUUGUUUUGUUAUCAA